AUGGGGGCAACGGGCUGCGGGAAAUCGAAGCUCUCCGUCGACCUCUCAAUCGCCUGCGGGUACGAGGCGGAAAUCAUCAAUUCCGACAAAAUGCAGCUCUACAGGGGGCUCGACAUCAGCACCAACAAAAUCUCGAUUCCGGAGCGGCGUGGGGUCCGGCACCACCUCCUCGGCGAUUUGGACCCGGCCGACGGGGAAUUGACCCCCGCCGAUUUCCGCGACCUCGCCGGGGCCGCGGUCGCCGACAUUGCAUCCAGGGGGAAGCUCCCCGUCGUGGUGGGUGGGUCCAACUCAUUCAUCUAUUCUCUCCUCGUUGACCGGUUUCACCCCGGGUCGGAUGUUUUCUACGGGUCGGGUCCGGAGGACCGGGUCUCCCCGCAGCUGAGGUACGACUGCUGCUUCCUCUGGAUCGACGUCGCGUUCCCCGUUCUCUGCGACUACCUCUGCCGGCGGGUGGACGAGAUGGUGGAGACCGGGAUGAUGGAGGAGAUGGCGGAUUUCUACUCGUCGGAAUCGUGGCCGGGUCGGACCGGGCUGCUGAAAUCGAUCGGGGUGCCCGAAUUGGAAUGGUACUACAAAAUGGGGAAAUUCGAAACUGACAAUAAGAAGAUGAUUGUUAACGAAGGGGAUGAUGAAGGAGGGUGGGAUACAGUACGGAGGAGCGUAUACGAGGAUGCGGUGAGGAAGAUCAAGGAGAACACGUGUCGGCUGGCGGAGAGGCAGGUGGGGAAGAUCAUGCGGCUGAAAAGCGGCGGGUGGGACCUACACAGGGUGGACUCGACGGACGUGUUUAGAGAGCGGUUGAGAGCGGAGGAUGAGGCGGAGGAGGAGGAGGAGGAGCUGGUGAUGAUGACGGCGGCGGCGGAAAGCGGCGGUGGUCAGCAGCGGAGGAAGAGUAAGAUUAAGAGACGGAGGCAGUGGGUGGAGGUGUGGGAGAAGGAGGUGAUGGAUCCAAGCGUGAAGAUUGUGAAGCAGUUCUUGCAGGAGGAGUAG